AUUGGCGCUGCAGUCGGUAAAUGGACGUUUGAUGUGGUGUUUGUCAAGAUUGUGCUAUAGUGUGUUUACAGUGAUUUAUUUCCCGUUACUAUAAUCAUAAUUUAAGUAAAACCAUUUAAGGAGUAGAUGAAGUUGACAGCAUGUCUCGCAACAAAGAUAAGCAUGAGGGCGCUAGCGGGCGCACAUACCACAUUAUGUCGGAGGCGGAACGAGCGUCUGGCCGGCGCGGAGGCUGGACCACGCUUGAGGUAACAGGAGGUGUGCGCGCCCUGGCGCCCCAGCUGUUCCAACUGACUCACCUGACCGCGCUGUAUCUGAACGACAACUCCCUGCAACGAAUCCCGUCUGACAUCAGCCAGCUGGUCAACCUGCACACCUUGGAUGUGUCCAACAACAAGCUGCGCUCUUUGCCGGCUGAGUUAGGGGACUUGAUACAGCUCAGAGAACUCCACCUGCACAACAACUACCUGAGAGUCUUGCCCUACGAGUUGGGCAAGUUGUUUCACCUGCAAAUGCUCGGCUUGCAGGGAAACCCGCUCAGCAAGGAGAUGCUGUCCAUUUAUAACGACAACAACGGCACCGCGAAGCUGCUCACCUAUAUGCUAGACAAUUUACAAGUUACUGCCACUCUACCACCACAGAGGCCUUGGAUACCUUUGACACGACCAAACAGGACUCGUCCAACAUGUAUCUUCACGGUUAUGUGCUACAACGUCCUCUGCGACAAAUACGCCACGCGACAGAUGUACGGCUACUGCCCCAGCUGGGCGCUGGAAUGGGACUACCGAAAGAAGGGUAUAUUGGACGAAAUUAGACAUUACUCUGCAGACAUCAUUAGUUUACAGGAAGUAGAGACGGAUCAAUUUUACAAUUUCUUCCUGCCAGAGCUUAAAGGGGACGGCUACGACGGCAUAUUCUCGCCAAAAUCUCGCGCCAAGACCAUGUCGGAGUCGGAGAGGAAAUACGUCGAUGGAUGCGCAAUAUUUUUCAGAUCUGCCAAGUUCGCGCUUGUAAAAGAGCACCUUAUAGAGUUCAACCAAUUAGCCAUGGCCAACAGUGAAGGGUCCGACAACAUGUUAAAUCGUGUUAUGCCGAAGGACAAUAUAGGUUUAGCCGCUCUGCUGAAAACGAAAGAAGCUGCAUGGGAGAACGGUUAGUUCAAUUCCAACAAUAUUUCAGGUCUACCGACCGACACGGCGAUGCUCGGUCAGCCUAUCCUCGUGUGCACCGCACACAUACACUGGGACCCCGAGUUCUGCGACGUCAAGCUCAUCCAGACCAUGAUGCUCAGCAACGAGCUCCGGUCCAUCCACGAGGACUCUGCGAGAACGCUGCGUCUGGCGGGGCAGAGGGACAACGUCCAACUGCUGCUAUGCGGGGACUUCAACUCCUUACCUGACAGUGGCGUGGUAGAGUUCCUGUCUUCAGGCCGCGUGUCGUCCGAGCACCGCGACUUCAAGGAGCUGGGCUACGCGACCACGCUGCGCCGCAUGCCCGGCUCCGAGCACGAGUUCACGCACAACUUCAAGCUCGCCUCCGCCUACAGCGAGGACAUCAUGCCCUACACCAACUACACAUUUGACUUCAAGGGCAUCAUAGACUACAUAUUCUACAGCAAGCAGACGAUGACGCCGCUCGGGCUGCUGGGCCCGCUCUCACAGGAGUGGUUCCGCGAGCACAAGGUCGUCGGCUGUCCGCAUCCUCACAUACCUUCAGACCACUUCCCGCUGCUGGUCGAGCUGGAGAUGUGUCCGGGCGCGAGCGGCAGCUCCAACGGUCUCAUCGGGCGCAGGUAGCACGCGUCCCCGCGCGCCCGCCGCCGCCCCGCGCGCCGCGCCGCCUCGCCCCGCACGCCCGGGGGGGCCGCUGCUACCGCGCGCACGUGACGCCUGCGCCGGCGCCGCGACACGCCGCCGAGACUGACGGAACACGACGCACCCGUCUAAAGGUCUGUGAGCACGUACGAUUGCGGCCAAUGACCCCGAGAUACCCAUCCUUAUGCCGGUUGCAGACCAAGAGCUAAGCUAAGUUAGUUUCGUUUAGUUCGCAUAGCUGACGCAGUUUCCCAUAGAAUUGGCAUAGUUUUCAGUCUACACACGACUAUGGGAAACUGCGUCAACUAUGCGAGCUAAACGAAACUAACUUAACUUAGCUCUUGGUCUGCAACCGGUAUUAGGCAGGGUACUCGCCUGCCAUGUAGCGUGUAUCGUAACUAACCUUCAAGUGAGUCAACCUUCAUCGCGUAUCUGGCUGCGAGCUUCUGAAUCCUACUGCGAGCCGCCUCUGUGCUCGCAGUGAUACCGCCACUCGG